AUGAACAACGUCUAUAUCCCAGCUCAAGUGGUCGUGAUUUUUCGACGAAUCUUCAAUGUAAUUUCUGGAAUUUCUAUCUCCAAUCACCAUCUCGUCAAACAAGCCAAAGAAUCCACUCAGGACCGGGAUAGAAAGCGCUCAUCUUCAAGUCGAGUAUGGCCAUUUGACGGGCUAUGGCGCAAACAAAUAUGCCACUUCAACGAUGAAUCCACAAAACAGUUGUUACUCAUGUCCGCCGCGAUCGAAUCAGUACCUUCAUCCGAUGGAAACGCCAGUUCCCCGAUCCCGGAUUUCGAGAACGAAGCUUCAUCUCCGUCUUCACCUGAACCACAGGCUCCGAAGAACAGCUGCUCUCAACCCAACGCAAUUGGCCCGGGACACGAGCCCCAAGAUAUCAUCCACAAACUCCUGUCUUCCCCGGUUCUAUAUGACCCUCUUCGUGCACCACGUCACCCUAUCGUAUUAUGCCACGGUCUUUAUGGAUUUGACACAAGAGGUCCUUCAUCUUUCCCGAGUAUGCGCAUGCAUUACUGGUCGAACGUUUUGAGCAUCCUACGCGGGAAGCUGGGUGCCGAAGUCAUUAUAACGUCUGUUCCAGGUACCGGGUCGAUCAGUUCUCGUGCAGAGCACCUUGAUCGCCAACUUCGUGAGAAGGCUAGAGGGCGCGGUAUGAACUUUAUGGCGCACUCUAUGGGUGGUCUAGACUGCAGGCACUUGAUCGCGCAUUGUAAACCUGAAGAAUACAAGCCACUUUCAUUAACUACUAUAAGCACACCGCACCGGGGAAGUCCCUUCAUGGAUUGGUGUUCUGAAAAUUUCGGAUUAGGCAAACUCGCUACGGAAGGGAAAGAUUUACUGGCCAGAGCAUCCAAGGAGGAAACGAUGUCAGAGAAAGAGAAACGCGACAACUUCUCGUCGCUUUCGCUGUCCUCUCUACCAUCUUCAUUCACCACUUUGCUCAUGUCGGUUUUGGAUUCCCCCGCAUACGCCAAUCUAACUUCUACGUAUCUACAAGACGUAUUCAAUCCAGCCACUCCUGACAAUCCGAAUGUUAAAUAUUUCAGCGUUGCGGGUAGAAUGCCUACUGUAAAUGUGUGGCAUCCGUUUUGGCUUCCCAAAAUGGUUCUCGAUGACGUUGAGCAGAAAACAAGGCAACGGUUGGAGGUGGAAUGGGAACGUAACAAUCCGAAUGGCAGCGAAAGAGAGAGACCGUUGUGGGCACGGCAAGAGGAAUGGGGAAAUGAUGGUCUGGUCACUAUUCAGAGCGCGAAAUGGGGAGAGUUCCUGGGCGUGAUGGAAGGAUGUGACCAUUGGGAAUUGAGGGGUGCAAGAGGGAUUGAGUUUGGCGUUGAUCUCCCGGCGAUCCCUGCGAUUGGACUCGGGCCACCGUCGGUGGCUGACGAGAAUGGGGGUCAAAAUUUUGAGAGCAGCGAUGAACGGACUUCGAAAGAUUGGGGUUGGUUCCUUAAGGCAUGGCGGAAGGAAGAAGCAAUUCAGCAGGAGGCGGCGUCCAAGGCAAAAGCCAGCCGGUCGCCAUCGAGCUCGGAAGACCGUAAACGGGAGCGAGAAGUACGAAGGAAAGAGGACGAAGCUGUGAUCAAGGCCUCGACGGACAAGCUAUCUGUGGUAUUUGACUGGCUAACUGAGCGGGUCCCCGCACCUUUACCACUAUUAGGUGGUAAAAGAUCCUCAGGCUUAAAGGACGAAACACAGGCAUUUCAGAAUAAGGAAUAUUCUUCUCAACUGGACGCCAAGGAAGGUAGGAAAGGGAAGAGAAACGAGUUAGCCACCAAGACGGAUCUCGAGAGGUUUUACGUCGCACUAUCGAGGAAACUCUAUGAUGAAGGGCUGUGA